AUGACUUCAAUCGAUCCUUCCCACUUCGCCUCACUAGGCGUAGGUUCAUCCGAUACUCGAACUCACGGUGCCGCCACUCAUCCGGUCCGGGUCGAUAAUCUAGUGCCAUCACCUUCAUCAUCCGACCUCGACGAAGACGAAAAUCUGCCAAGCCCCACGUCUUCCUUCUUCGACCCCAAAGACCUUCCUCAUCGGUUAUCAGCGAUUCACUUACCAGAUCUCCGUUUCGAACAAGGCUACCUCAUGAGUCUGAUGCCCUUUUUUCACUUCGAUCACGCUAAACCACUUGACAAACAAAAACAACCGGCCGAUGAUUCCCCGCGCUCUUCCCAGCCCUACGUUUUCGGUCAAGAUGAUCUAGUGCCCAAGGAGGCAUCAGAUGCAACUUCAACUGAAGCUGACAAUUACUACUUUGGACCUAAUUUCCGCGUGGAGUGGAAGAUGGUGGUAUAUGUAACACUGAGAGAUCAGCUGCUCUAUCCGCUCAUUCAGGGUUGCUUAUGGGGCUCUGCAUCACUCGUCUUAUCUCAUUUUUGGAGAAUCCGGGCCAACCGAAGACCAAAGCCUACUCGUGAAAUUGCUCCAGAAUCCUUAGAUCCAAUUCAUGCAAAACGAGGAACAAUAUGGGAUCGAUUUAUUGGUAGCAUGUGGGGUGGAAUACAGACUAAUGUAACACUGUCGUGA